UGGCGGUUCCAGAACGGCGGUUUCGGACGACAGCCGGACGUACGUGCACCGGAGGUGUACCCUCCUCCCCCCCCCCCCCCAUCCCCCUCCCGAAAAUGGCCAAAAGCGAGACAGGAGCGAGCCGGGAAUAGCGGGGACGAAACCGGAGAGGAGGAGGCGGUCCACCUUCUCCUCCAUUGUGUGUCCCGCGCGCUGUUCCCAUUGCAUCGCAAUUACCGUACGCACGCACCCUCCCUCCCCCUCUCUCUCUUUCUCUCUUUCUCUCUGUCUCUGUCUCCCGCUCGCUCACUAUAUACCGUACGCAAUAAACAUUUGUCGUUCCCUGUCCGCCCGUCGUUCCCUGUUCUCCCUUUCCGUUCUCUCUGUCCCGCUCACCUCCCCCCCCUCGGGGUCCCAGUUCCCUCUGGUCGCCGUGCCGGGCAAGCACGAUAUAUUUUCGCGAUGCAUAAUAUUACUGCGUCCGCCGCUGCAUCCAUAUCAUUGUUCGCGGUCGUGGUGCAUGACGGGCCGCGUGCUCGUAUGCGUGUAUGCGUGCGUACACGAAUCGUCGAGGCCGCCUCUGUGCUAUUCUCCAUGCGGCCAGUCGUUAACCAGGAGUCUGUUACCGUUUCGGCCGAAGCAGCGUUCUUGAUCGCGGGAGGAGGGAGAGAAAUUUUUUAUACGAAGCAUCACAAAACGUUAUCGGGCGAGCGGUUGUCUCGCGGGACAAAUGGCCUCGCGGAAAAUCUCGCGAGAAAAUUUGCGCCGGCAGAGCGAGUGAAAUUCCGGCGAUGCGAUCGACGAGAAUAUUCCUGGCUCCUUCGUACGGCGGGGCUAUGUUCCUUUGGUGAAUGCGCGACAGAUAUCGCGUCGAUAGCGACGACGGUGACGGCGGUACACGUCGUCGAUCGAUUCUCUCACGGGGCGAUAGCUGAAGAGAAGCUAGUCUCGGUAACGGAUAUACAUACCGGGUUCGCUCUCGGCAUAAUAGCGAAAGAGGUAAUUUUAAGCCCGAAGAAAAUAGACGGGGGAUAUUUUACUGCGUCGCGUCAUAGUAGACGCGAGGGUAGAAGAAGAGAAGGAGAGAGGAUGACCGAGUUAGAAGCGAGAGCGUAGGGAGGAGGAAGAUUGCGUAUUCGAGAUAAGAGACGUACGUCACAUGUAGAUCAUAGGGGUGCGUUCCUUUUGUAAUUUUACGCUCUUUUUCGUUGAUAUGUGUACGACGAUGUGACACAGAAGUAAAUAUACAUAUUUAGGGGCAUUUGGCCUAAUAAUUCUUAAUAAAAUAAUUCUUAAUGGUACAUGAAUUAUAUUUAAUGUUUCGUAAAUGUGAAUCUUUAUUGAAACGUGAAUAUAGAACAGGAUGAGUUUUAAUAAAUUAAUAGCCUGCAAACGGAAUACAACAAGGAUAUAUCCAAAA